CCCGCGGCGGCGAUGGCGGCGCGAGGGCGCGCGGCGGCGGCGGCGGCGGCGAUGGCGGAGCGGCGGCUGCCCAGCCCCGAGCAGUUCGCGGGGCAGAGCUGGAGCGCCUGGGUGCAGCGGGCCGGGCCGCCGGCCGAGCCGGGAUCAGGGUUGGAGCUGGAGGAGAGUGGGAAGAGCUGUGGCAAGAAACUGGAGGCCAUGACCCUGAUUAAGGAAGACAUGAACAUCUUUGGCCACUGCCCGGCGCACGACGAAUUUUACCUGGUGGUUUGCAACCAUUGCAGCCAGGUGGUGAAGCCCCAGGCCUUCCAGAAACACUGUGAACGCCGCCAUGGCCCUCUCAGCAAGCUGUAUGCCCGCGCCACCGCCAACACCAAGUGCCACGUCGCUGUCAACGGGCAGCCGGCAGCCGGCAUGAGCCCCAGCACGGCCAAGGCACCGCGGGAAAAGCCCCUCGGUGCCCGCGGGCGAGCCCAGCCCCUUCCCGAGCGGCCAGACAAGGACAACAACCUCUGCUUGUUCGUGCCCGUGGUCAACCUGGAGAAGAUUCCCAGCAUGCCCAAACCGGAUGGGCACAGGAUCAAGGUGCCCCCCAAAGCCGUACCCACCAACUCCAAGGAACCCCCCCUGGGGAAACCCGCCACGGCCGCGGUGCCGAAAGAGCCCCCAGGGCCGGCUGGGGGCAGGGGGGAUUUGGCGAUGAUGCCUGCCGACGGCCCCGGGUGCAAACCGGAGAGCGUGCCCGCCCUGGGGGAGAAGGAUGCGGGUGCCUCCAAGCCGCCCCCCAGAUCCCACAAGAAGCUGGCGCGCAAGGAGUGCGACCUGAACCGGCAGUGUGGUGUGCUCAACCCCGACACCAACAAGAUCUGCACCCGCCUGCUGACCUGCAAGAUCCACUCGGUCCACCAGCGGCGCGAGGUGCAGGGGCGAGCCAAGGACUUUGAUGUGCUGGUGGCCGAGCUGAAGGCCAGCGCGCGCAAAGGCGAGACCCCAAAAGAGAGGAGCCCCCCCGUAAAGGAGCCGCUGCCUCUCGCCGUGCCCCCCAGCGCCUCUCCCUGCCGAACCAAGCCCCCCCACUUCCACUGCCCCCUCCCCAGGUCGCGGCUUUCCUCCGACAGCGAUGGUGAGGAUGCGCCGGCUGCCUCUGGGGAGGGGGGCGCGGGGCUGUUCCCCCUCCCCUUGCCCAAGGGAGGCAGCUGGGGGUCCAGCGAGGAGAGCGAGGAAGAAGGGGGCGAGGAGCCCCCCCCGGACCCCACACGCCCUCCACGGCCACAAGCGUUCUGCACCUUCGGGAGCCGCCUCGUCAGCCCAGGCUGCUACGUCUUCAACCGGCGCCUCGACCACUUCUGCUCGGCGCUGGGCUCCAUGCUCGAGCGGCACCGCAGCUCCCACAGGUGGAGGAAGAUCCCUCCAGCCGCUGACCCCCCCCUCCACGGCCCCCUGCCCCCCCCCACCGCCGCUGCUCCCCCCUGCGACCCCGCUGCCCCCAGUCCCUCGGCAGCGGCGCUGGCCCCCUCCGGCCCCCAUCUCCCCCCCAGCCCCAACUACCCAGGGGGGUCCCCACCCGCAGCAGCCGCCUGCAGCCACCCCGAAAGCGCCGGGGGGGGCACGCAGGCCAUCACCUCCCCCCUCCCCGCCAACACCCCCUCGCCCUCCUUCAGCAAGUUGCCUUCCACGAAGGCCAGCAGAGCGGCCUUGGACACCCGCAAACGGAAGCCCCCCCUCGCCACCGGGGCCCCCCCUUAUAAACGGACCAAUUUGGGGGAUGGGGGUAAAGAUAACCCCCUCCCCUGUCAGGUUUUGCCCCCCCCGGGUAAAAUGAAAGCCACCCCUUUGGGUUGCUCAGCUGCUUCUUCCCCCGGCAUUGUUAACGGCGUGACGCGGGUGAAGCGAUUCACCCCCCCUGAACCCCAAAACCCAGGGGUGCCACCCCUGCUGCCCCCCCCGCGCUGCAUCUCUGAGGAUGAGGUGAAGAAACGUAAGAAUUCGGCCACGUAUUGCCGGUCUGGCAAAGGCAAGGCUGCGCUCCCCCCGCCCGCCCCCCCAGCGCCCCCCGCCUCAGCACCCCCAGACUCGGGGGGCUCCAUCCGCAUGAAGAAGCCGGGGACCCUCCCCACCUUCGAGGAGAAGCGGAGCAGCUUGAAGUCCAAAGCUCAUUAACGGAGGGGCCACCGGGGCCACCAGGGCCACCUGGCACGGUGUCCCCCACAUCCCUGCCCCGGAAAAUGCCGCAAAUUGAUGAAAGAGGGGGGGAAAAAGAAGAAAAAAAAAUCCACCAACACUGCAAGGAGGUGAGAAGGGAACUCCGACCUCGAGCCAAAUACCUCAAGACUCUCAGUUCUGAUCUCUUGCUGCUAAAUCAGCCCCCCGGGAGAGGAGGGGGCACCGGCCACCGGGCCACCACCAGCCACCGGGCCACCCCCGGGCACCACCGGCCGCAGAUAUUUAUAAGAGUUAUUAUUG